UUCGACGUCACACGUCGAUCGGUUUACACAGCGCCGCAGUCAGUCGAACGUCUUUUAUCAGCAUUGACUGUAAAUACUGGACACCAGAGCACUCCUAAUAUUACAUCUUUGACUUUAUAUACUGUCGGAUAAUCGAGUUAUAUAUAAUAAUCCUCACCGGACGUUUGUUUAGCGCUUAUGUGUCAGUUAGCGCUAAAGCUAAGCUAGCUGCAGACGGAUGUGAUGCUAGCUGGUAAACAGCCCUGACUCGAGCAUGUACACUUUAUUAUCGGGUCUGUAUAAAUAUGUCUUUCAAAAGGAUGAAUACUGCAUCCUCAUCCUGGGACUGGACAAUGCUGGAAAGACGACCUUUCUGGAACAGACAAAGACGAAGUUCAGCAAGAAUUACAAAGGAAUGAGUCUGUCAAAGAUCACGACCACAGUGGGCCUCAACAUUGGCACUAUUGAUGUGGGAAAAGCACGGCUGAUGUUUUGGGAUCUGGGAGGGCAGGAGGAAUUACAGUCUCUCUGGGAUAAGUACUAUGCGGAAUCUCACGGUGUCAUUUAUGUCAUCGACUCCACGGACGAGAGGAGACUGGGCGAGUCAAAGAUUGCUUUCGAAAAGAUGAUCGGCAGCGAGGUUCUGGAAGGUGUUCCUCUUCUUGUGCUGGCAAACAAACAAGAUGUGGAGAACUGUCUGUCUGUUCCUGACAUCAAAACAACGUUCAGCGACUGUGCUCCCAAAAUCGGUAAACGUGACUGUUUGGUUCAGCCCUGCUGUGCUUUAUCAGGGGAAGGGGUGGACGAGGGCAUUGAGUGGAUGGUCAAAUGUGUGAUCCGGAACAUUCAUCGCCCACCCAGACAAAAAGACAUUACAUAGAACGACCCCUCGGGGGUUGGGGGAUGGAUGAAGGUAUAGGUGUAGGGGUCUGAAGUGCUUUCCUGUAAAUUCAGAUACUUGAUGGAUGAAUCUACAGUAGUUCAAAUUGCCACCUCACAGAAGAUGAAACGUGACUUUAUAUUUGAGCGAUGAUGGAAAAGACGAUAUCUAUAUCAUGAUAUUUGUAUUCUAAGCUGACAUGGUUACAGGUAUUUUUUCUUCGCAGACUUUUUCACCUCUCGUGAUUCAGCGAUUCAUUGGUGUAUUAAAUGCAAUGAAGUUAAAAACAAGUGAAUCUGCUUUGGUUUUGCACAAUCGAAUAAAUAAUUUUUAUUGUAACUAAAA